GUCAUCACGUCAGCGCCUUUGACGUCAGCAUAACAACAACCUGACAUGACAGCUCGUUAUGGGUGAAAAAAUAUCGAUUAAGCUAUCAAACCAUAUCAAAUCCAUUUCACCUGGAUGUAACAUUCCUUCUAUAAGCGUGUGAGGAUCCAGGAGGCGACGACAGGGCAUACUUGGGACCUGUCAGCAGUCUUAGCCAGCCGAAGAGACGGGGAACAGGAUAGGGAAGCAGGGCGAGGCGGGCCCCGCGGAGCCGGUGGAGAAGAUGGCCGGCAGCCCGGAGAAGAGCUCUACCGCGCAGGAGCUGAAGGAGCAGGGGAACCGGCUGUUCCUCUGCCGCAAGUACCAGGAGGCUGCUACGUGUUACAGCAAAGCUAUUAACCGUAAUCCAUCGGUGGCAGUGUACUACACCAACAGGGCUCUCUGCCAUGUGAAGCUGCAGCAGCAUGACAAGGCUCUGGCAGAUUGUAAGCAUGCGCUGGAGCUGGACAGCCAGUCAGUAAAGGCCCACUUUUUCCUGGGUCAGUGUCACCUGGAGCUGGAGAAUUACGACGAGGCCAUCGGCAACCUGCAGAAAGCUUAUAACCUGGCUAAAGAGCAGAGACUGAAUUUUGGAGAUGACAUCCCCAGCGCCUUGCGCAUCGCAAAGAAGAAACGUUGGAAUAGCAUCGAGGAGAAGCGCAUCAACCAGGAGAACGAGUUACACGCCUAUCUGACUAAACUCAUACUGGCUGAGAAGGAAAGAGAACUUGAAGAAUACAAAGAGAAACAGGACGACAAUCAGAAUGGAGGGGAUUCUGCCAAGAUUGCAUCAAAACAUGACAAGUAUCGAAUGGACAUGGAUGAGCUCUUCUCUCAAGUGGAUGAGAAAAGAAAAAAGCGGGAGAUCCCAGAUUACCUGUGUGGGAAGAUCAGUUUUGAGCUGAUGAGGGAGCCCUGCAUCACACCCAGUGGGAUCACAUAUGAUCGCAAGGACAUUGAAGAGCACCUACAGCGAGUGGGUCAUUUUGACCCAGUCACCAGGAGUCCCCUGACCCAGGACCAGCUGAUCCCGAACCUGGCCAUGAAGGAAGUGAUCGACGCCUUUAUCCAGGAGAACGGCUGGGUGGAGGACUACUGAAUGGACCCUCCCAUCUCUCCAUCAUACCCCCCCCAAUACUCCACAUAAAGCCUGGACAACACAAGACUGUAGAGAACAGAUCACCCCCUUGCCUGGAUAAGUACUUUACACAAGCGGGAAAAGCCACACUAUAUGGACUACCAAAUGGGAGCCAUGUAUCUCGGUCUGCCUCUUCCCCUCCCCACAUUUUAUCUUUGCUGUAAAACUCCCCGCUCCUACGUUCUGAGGCUCGGCGUUCAUGGCCUGCUGCUCCCUUUAAAAACCCCCUUUCAUUCUGCUCUUUCUCCUCUUCCUUUUCUGUCAUGCUGUAUCAAGUCUCUCCCUUCUUUACUCAAAAAUAAGGGGCCACGUUCUCAGGUCUCUCUUUGCUCCCUCUCUACUCUGCCUCUCUUUCUCUCUGAGUGCCACAAUCCUUGGAAAGCAUCAGCAUUGCACUCCAGUGUUUCACAGAAACCACCAAUAUUAAAAAUAUUACACACGGUGGUUGAAUACAUUAAGACAUUGGCCUGUUAUUUGGCAUUUACUCCAGUAUUUCUUAGGCAUUUUUUCAUUACACAUUGGAGCCUGCUUCUUAAUGUAUAUUAGCUGAAGUGGUACCUAAAAUGCCAAAAACCUGUUUCUCAACGAGGGUGACUACUAGUUUGUAUGCAAGUUUUACAUGAUGAUAACUGAAAAAUAGUCGUAGGAAAUCAAGUCCCUUCUCCACCUCCAGGUGGCGCUCCAAACAAACCCACCCAUGUCACCAUACUGUAAGAUUUUGAGUAGAUUUUGAGGUUUUUUUUUUCUUUGCAUAUCAAUCACAGCCCAUUACAGACAAUUUAAAUAAGUUGAAUGUAUGCAUAAUAUACUCUUUAGGUUUAGGCUUGACCUACAGUAAUUCAAAAUGUUUUUUAUCAGGACAAAUAAAAGGUUUUUCAUGAAAAGCGGCCUUGAACUGGAUGCAGAAAAUGAAUGAAAAACGACAGCUGCAUACAAAAAAAAAAGGUUUCACAUUGCUGGAUAUUAAUUGAAAAUGUUUGAAUAUUGAUAGAGGACAUCAGCUGUUCGAGUUGAUGCUAAAAAAAAUGCUUGGAGAACGGUCUGUGCUGUCUGUGUCGUUCAUAAAAACAAAAAAAUGUGCUUGGACGUUGUGUUUGGCUCGUGCUGUUUGCCUGGAAUGGCAGUGGACGCUCACAUCACGCAUGAAGUGAAUUUUCUUUUCCUUUGCAAAGGCAAGAUGAUGGUUGUCAUUAUUCUCACCUUUUUGCUGUUCAUUUUAUGCACAAUGGUUGCAGCUUAUGUGAACCGGUGUGAGACUGAGUUUAAGGUGUCUUGUUGCAGGGAUUUGAGGUUCGCUAGCAUCACUGUACCAACCUCCUCCGCGUUAGAAAUGCUGGAAAAGUAACGACCAUCUUUAUCUCCUCCAUUACCUCGGUCCAAGUUUUUGGGUGCUGGUUCACUAGCAUUCUCCCUAAAAAAAAAACAAAAAAACAUUUUCAUUUCAGUGCUAUUAGUUUACAGGUUUUCCAGCCGAAUGUGUGUCUGUGGUGAAUUAGGCCUGUCGGUGGUUCAUGUCGGGGUGCAGGCAUGGUGUAAAUAAUUUGCUUGUGUAUCUCAGAUUUUAUUUCUUGACAAAAUAGGUUUCUUUUCUUUUCUUGAGAAAUCCUAGAGCUUGAGAAAAACUGUAUUAAAUGUAGAUAUGUUGAUAACAUAAAUGCCUGGUUAAGUUUUCAUUUGUCCCCCAUUAAACCGUGAACUUUUAGUUGGUUUUGUUGUUUUUGUGACACUACAUUAUCAUUAAAGAGAUACCAAGUAUGA